UUUUUUUUUUUCGGCUAUUGUUUGGUUCGCGAUCGAUUUUUCUUGAGUUUUUCUGGCGCAUACCCGGAAGUAAACAGUUUGGCGAUGCACGGUGCUGUUCGUGAGCAAGUGUCAAGUGGUCGCUCCCAGGUCGGAUUACCUUCACGACGGACGAGCAUGGCCACUGCACAUUCCGCCCGCUCUAAAAAUAUCUAUUAAGGGCACAGGAGGAAGAGAGGAAAGCGGGGCAGGGGGUUAUUUUUAGCCAUUUUCACCGUUGCAUGUCGGUUGGAGAAGAGGUCCAAACAAAAACAUGCCCGCAACCAGCAUGAGACCCAGGGCUCGGGAGCGGAACAACAUCCUGAACAGACCCGAGUUCAUGUCGCUCAACCAGCCGCUGAGAGGCGGGGCCCCCCCGGAGAACCGCGGUGGCGGCGCUGGCGGAGGAGCCGGUGGUGGUGGCGGAGCGGGACCGAGGCGCUCCAGUUCCCUCCGCAGCCAGCCGAGCGAGGAAGCCGGAGAUAGCGCAUCCAAGACGGACGCUGGCAAGCGCGGCGAGCCGAGCCAGCAGCGGCUGCCGGAGGAAGACUGCAUGCAGCUCAAUCCGUCGUUUAAGGGCAUCGCAAAGAGCUCGCUGCUCGCCAUCGACAUCAGCCUGUCCAAGCGCAUGAGCGUGUGCGCGUACACCUGGUCGUCGUGGGGCGGCUGUCGUUCCAUGUUCAACCUGCUGGCGCUCACCGGACACGGCCUCACCUGGAUCAUCGGCACCGUGGUGUGCCUCACGCGCAGCAACACCCUGGCCGGCCAGGAGGUGCUGGUCAACCUGCUGCUGGCACUGAUUGUGGACGUGUUGACGGUGGCGGGGGUGCAGCGUCUGGUGAAGCGCAAAGGACCGUGGGAGAUGUCGCCGGGGUUCCUGGACCGCGUUGCCAUGGACGCGUAUGCCUUCCCAGCGGCGCACGCCAGCCGUGCCGCCAUGGUGUCCAAGUUCCUGCUGUCUCACCUGGUUCUGGCCGUGCCUCUGCGCAUCCUGCUGGUGCUGUGGGCCGUCCUGGUGGGGGUGUCACGCGUGCUGCUGGGCAGGCAUCAUCUGACAGAUGUGCUUUGUGGCUUCGCCCUGGGUCUCUUCCACUUUGGCCUGAUGGAGACGGUGUGGUUGUCGUCCAACACGUGUCAGGCUCUCAUCUCCAUCGGAACCCUCAGCUGGAGUCCCUUUUUUUGACUGUACUACUGCGCUAGGACUUCACCGGUCGCAGUUGUCACAUUCUCAAUGCAGGUUUGCAUGAAAGGCCUUAAAAAGACGUGUACUGUUGCUUUCAUUUCAUCCAGGACCCUUUUUUUUUUUUUUUUAAUCCUCUUAAACUAACUUCCAUAUUGUAAAAAAAACAUUGUAUUUUGGGGGCUAAAAUAGUAAUAUAACUUAAAUUUGGGUCUAAUGUCUGCAGCAAUGGUCAAUUAUAAUUUACGCCCUUCCAAUAAAGUUCCUAAUAGCCCGUAAUGUAGAUGCCACAACAUGGUGGCUAAGCAACUCUUUUGUCUAAAUGAAAGUCCUCAACUUAGUUCAACGUAGAUCCUUGGCCCCAAGGUAAUAAAUAAAAAUAAUGAAGCUCUUUUUCCCAAAUGAAGAUUCUCGAAUGCUACAUGAUGGAAGCAAAGCACUACUUGUGUCUAAAUACUGACACUCCUCAACCUACUUUGAAACAAUUUGAUGGCAAAAAUACCACAAGAUGGCUGCUAAAAAAUACUUUUAUCAGAAUAACCUGCUGAUCCUCAAAUAAUUUCAAAGGGUUUGAUGGCAGUCAUUUUUGUCAUAAAAUUACGACUUUAAAAUUACAUCUUUCUUCCCUUGUGAUAAGGUUGUGAUGUAUUUUUCAGUCUGGUUACUUUGCACUGUAUUAUUUAGAAAACACACUAUUUGCUAUCUGAAUUCUCUGACAAUUUACAUCGUCAUUGAACUUUAUCUUUAAUUUUAUUCAUGUUUCUUCAUUUCAGUCAUUAAUAUUUGGCUAUUGUGUUAAUAGACUAAAGGGCUGAGCUGUUCAAAGUUCCACAAUUAUUGUGCCAGAAUGCAUGUUAGCAUAUAAUACCGCAUUCUUUGAAAACAAUGUCUUUGUCUUUGAUAGCACCCGCCCUGCUGUUUUUGGGACUAUGUAGCAAAACAACCUAAGAGAAUGAUAAUGCAUCAGAUUUAUAUAGUGCUUUUUUCGACAUGUGUUUUUACAGUUUUUCUCACGCCCAUCUUGUUAAUAAACAAAGAUGGAAGUCGGUAAAA